UAUCGCGCACUUUGUCUAAAGCGGAAGCAUCAUUGCCGAGCUGGAAUUUAGUCAUCUCUGAAAAAAGAAGCUUAUUUAAGGACAUUUAUAACAACGAUAUGCAUGGACUUUUAAUAUAUUUGUGCCUUUUAACCAGCCUAUUUUACUUUUCGGAAGGUAAACCAUGUCCCGAAAAGAGCCGUCGCCAUAAGACACGUUGCGAUGCUUACUACAAAUGCCGCGACUUGCCCUCGAACUCUCAUGUCUGGAUACCGACCAAGUGCAAAGAGGGACUCGUCUAUGAGCAUAGUGUGGGCAGCUGUGUGCUGCCUGCCGAGGAUUGGGAGUGUCUAACUCCUAAUGAACUGAAUAAUGCAACCAACAAGCUGUCAGUCAUGGGAAGCAAAGAUGCCGACAUUAUUAUAGUCAACAGUGAUGAUGAAUCGGGUAUCUUACUGAAGGAGUCGCCACAGUCACAUGAUGAUAAUGUGGAGAUUGUCCUGGAUGCCUUCUUAAGCAGUGAGGAGCAGAGUGCUCAACCUUUCAAGCCUGCACAUGAAAGUACUGAGUAUGAAAGCUCCUCAAGUAACACAUUCGAUUCCAGCGGCGAUGGCGAACUUGUCGACUUGGAUAGCCAAGUGCAGCUAGAAAAUCGCGAAGGAGUAGCUAAUAUAAGUUACCCUGCAUCUGCUGUGGACCCAGAACCAAUGACAUUAAAUAAACAUCCAAGCUCUUCAAUAGAUCCUACUCUUAAGGCGCAUUUGCAGCGGCUGUCGCAGCUAAUUGAUGGACUGCAGCAAACCUAUCAGAAGACGGAUAAGCCCCAAACGGAAAUGCGACCAGAUCAGUUAAAUGCUUUUUUGGCGCAUUUUGAUUUAAAAACCCGUUACGACAUGUUCAAUCCUUUGGGAGAAAUCCACCACACAGAAACCGCUACUACUGCGCCACCUACCACACAUACGACACCUAUGACGCCUAUGACACCAACAAGGCCAAUGGAGGUUUCGGCUGCACCAACACUCCCACUGCCGAAACCAACAGCUAAUAAGACCCGUUUACAAGAGCAUUUAACGAAGCAUCGAAUGCAACCGGAAACCAAGCUGAUGCUCACUAAUGCCCAGCCGUUCACCUCGAACGGCCAGGGCUAUACAAACUCUCAAAUUGUGGUAAAUCGUCCAGAGGGAUCAGUUACAUUUACACUCCCUCAAUACGGCUCCAGCGAAGAGCACAGCCAGAAGUAUGCUCAACCUCAGAGUCAUGAAUACAUGGGCGACCAGGAGCCCAAGGUAUCAGAGGAAACAUUGAAAACGGUGCUGGAACUGUCCAAGCAGAUGAUUUCUGCUCAGAAUAUGCCAAAAGUUAUUCCGAAUCCAGCAUACAAUGGCGCGUUUUUUGCCCAGCCAAUUCUACAGCCUAUCAUUUUGACAACCCACAAUAAUCCAUUCCAGCAGUACUUUUCGAUGCAAGACUAUGAGUCUCAUUCGCCACCAAGGUCGCAUUAUGUGCAUCAUAAGAAGCCGAGCGGAUACAACAAAAAGCAGUCGCAGCCCAGCACCACGAUCAUUCACAAUAAUGUUAUACCCGUACAUUUGGCUAGCACAAGCUCUGGCGAAAAGGAAGUACUUGAUACAUAUGGCAACAGCUUGGGUGUCUAUCCAAGCAGUAACAACAAGAACAACCAAAAUCAAAUGGAGAGCAACAACUAUCUAAACAAAUUUAUGGCAAUAAUGACAACACCUCGGCCGAAUUCUAGCUCCAGCUCCAGUUCCAUAUCUGGGAUGUCCGUGACGACAAUGAGCAGCCAAUACACGGGUCAAUACGCGGCUCCGUAUGCUGGCGAAUUUGUACAGACAACACCCCGCCCCUUCGAGCAUCAGCCAUCGGCAUCCACCGUAUCCUCCUACUAUACGCCUAGUCCGCAUCUCAAUGAGAACAAUGCACAUCGCGUAUUCAAUGCGGAAAGUUAUCCAACGUCUAUGUCCAUCGACUUGAAUGUACCUCGCCCCAUGGACAGUCACAAUCUAUUUCCGAUCCAUCUUAAGCCAGAUCAAGUGAAAAUUCGACCUAAUUCCCAAAAAAUCGAAAGCAUGGAAGUAGAGGCUGAUGAAGCGAGUAAUAUUAACUAUGUCAACAGCCAUGCGAAUGCGAACCACCUGCACACGAACAACUACAACAGCAACAAUUACAACAACCAAUACAACAACAACCAGAACAACAAUAGACAAAAUGGGCCCCAUGUACUGACCUACAGCAGUGGCGACUCAGCGGAUCUAAUAGGCAUGAACAAUCAAUUAGCACCUGGCUCAUAUGUGGAUCAGAGAUAUGCGAUGAAUGAGCAACAUCGACCUGACUACAGUCCAGCUUACUUGCCCAAUCUCCCAGCGAGUAUGAGUAGUGUAUAUAAUGAGCCAGUGGGCAAUAGCAUGUACCCAUCUCCAAUGAGCUCUGCUAACAACAUACAGGUUUUGCCUGGGAAGACCAAAUAUCAGUCUGCACUGAAUCAGCUUGUGAACUUUAAUGGCAAUUUCAUCAGUCUAGAUUUGUUUCAGAAGUCUAUCCUGCCAUUAAUGACACAAUCGCCGUCGGCGUUAUCUAACCUUGGUAAGGUGGAAGUGAUCACAUGUCAGGCCGGAGUGCGCCAACCCAAUCAGACGGACUGCACUCGUUACUUUGUUUGUAGUAAGAAGGACGGCAAAGUACUGUCCUACUCCUGCCCACCCUACACAGGGUUUAAUAAACAGACUCGCAUCUGUGAUGCAGUAACUUAUGCCCAGUGCGGCACUGUCCAAGUGCUCAACGGCUACUCUAUCGAGGAGAACAAGCGACUGCAGAUCGAGGCGCUUAAGAUGCUGAGCGAAGCCAAGCGACGACAGGAGGCCACGCUUAAGAGCCAGAGCAUUGCUAGUCUUCUGCAACAAUAUAGCAGUAUGCAGGAACCGAGUGGACCUGCUGUCUCAUCCAGCAUGGAGCACAGCCCGCUCGACUCCUACAUGAUCAGUUUGCCUGAGCUAACUACCACGCCGCGCCCAACGUCAGUCAUUCUUACUCUGCCUGCCAUCAGCAGUAGCAGUAGCAAUAGCAAUGGCAACGUCAAUAUCAACACCAAUAGCAACACUAACAGUAACAAUAAUAGUAACAGCAACAGUAACAAUAAUAGUAACAGUAACAGCAGUGGAUCGGUGAAGAAGCGCAAAUAUUAUUGCAGGGAGGGCGAUAAGAUACCCGACCAGACCUCCAUCAGCAGCUAUUUCGUUUGCUACAAGACCGCCCAGGGUCAGAUGAAAGGUCACAAGAUGACUUGUUCGAAGGGGCUGCUUUUCUGUCCUCGCACGCUGAUGUGCACGCUGGCGAGCAAGUGCUCCGGCUAGUUGGCUGGCAGCGAAGCUAAAUAGAGUUAUAAGUUAUUUAUUUUACAGUUAAGAUAUGAUUUUCUAUAUUAAACCAAUAACAGUACACUGA